AUGCCAGAAACGCUGUUCUGUAUAGACGUCUUAAAACAAAAUCUAUCUAGUCCAUCAACAGAUGCUCGAACUUUUGUUGAAAUAUCGAUCAAUCAAGUAUUGACAAACGUUACCAAUACUUUAAGUGUUGUAAAAGAAGCAAAAUCUCAUGCAAGUAAGGAGGUUGCAGACCUUCUUACAAUUUGUGAAGAGGGUUAUACCGAAGUAUCUUCUUCGUACAAUGAUGCAUUUCGGGCACUUGCCAUCAAUGAUAGUUCUUCUGUGUUCUUGGAUGAAGAACAGUCCGAAAGGCCUAUAAAUGACUGCACAAAUAUCAUUAAUCCUGUGCUGCCUCAGUUUGAAAAAUAUAACGCCCAAAAUAUAGCACUUCAGAGGAUUUCAGUUGCUGCUGCUGCUAUAUAUUUCCAGCGACCACCUAGUCUUGGGGCCUGCAAAAGUUGA